AUGCUGCCCUCGCUGCGGUACCUGGCCGGCACCGCGGGGCCGAGCGGCUUCGGCUCGCGGACGACCGCCGAGGAGGCCACGGCGGCCGGCGACCUCCGCCACAUCACCGCCAUCAUCACGGGCGCGACGUCGGGGAUCGGGGCGGAGACGGCGCGCGUGCUGGCGCGGCGCGGCGCGAGCCUGGUGCUGCCGGCGCGGAGCCUCAAGGCCGCCGAGGAGGCCCGCGCGCGGGUCCGCGCCGAGUGCCCGGGCGCCGACGUCGCCGUGCUGCCGCUCGACCUCAGCUCGCUCGCCUCCGUGCGCCGCUUCGUCAAACGGUUCCUCGACCUCGGCCUCCCGCUCAACCUCCUCGUCAACAACGCCGGCAAGUACGCCGAUCGCUUCGCCGUGUCGGAGGACGGCGUGGAGAUGACCUUCGCCACCAACUACCUAGGCCACUUCCUGCUCACCCGGCUGCUGCUGGACAAGAUGGUGGAGACGGCGCAGGACACCGGCGUCGAGGGACGCAUCGUCAACGUCUCCUCCACCAUCCACAGCUGGUUCCCCGGCGGCGACGACGACGCACUCGGCUACCUCGACCGCGUCACCCGCAGGAAGAUACCGUAUGAUCCGACGAGGGCCUACGCGCUGUCCAAGCUCGCCAACGUCCUGCACACCAGAGCGCUCGCCGACCAGCUCAGGGAGAUGGGCGCCAACGUCACGGCCAACUGCGUCCACCCCGGUAUCGUCAGGACCCGCCUCAUCCGCGACAGAGACGGCAUCAUCACCAACACAGUCUUCUUCCUGGCGUCCAAGCUCCUCAAGACGAUUCCUCAGGCAGCUGCGACGACGUGCUACGUGGCAGUGCACCCGGCAGUGUCCGGAGUGUCAGGGAAGUACUUCGCCGACUGCAACGAGGCCUCGCCGUCCAGACUGGGCGCCAGCAGCGAGGAGGCCUCCAGGCUCUGGACCUUCUCUGAGACCAUAACGGCAGAGAAGGUUCAGAAGAGUAUCCAUGUUGUCAGCACUGGAUUAUUCCGGCUCCAAGCUCAUAGCUCUAACGCAGACCGCGCCAUGGCGCUCGCGGUGUAG